AUGUCGGCAAUUGGAGGGAUCGUGUUUUGUGAGGGUUGCGGGAAUCUUCUUCCCGAAUCGAGGGGUAGCAAGAAAAACAUGUUGAAGUGCGAAUGCUGCGGGCUUGAAUCCAGGGAUAUUGCGCAAACGAAUACCAUCUCCACAACCACCCCUGGCGAUUUCCCUUCGGCUUUGCGACAAAAGCUUCACACAAGCAUCCAGACGGUCGAGAAGCAUAAGAUUGACAUGAUGCCCAAGACGCAAGAGAAAUGUCCCAAAUGCGGCGCCUACGAAGUUCGGUACACUACUCUUCAGCUUCGAAGUGCCGACGAGGGAAGCACGGUGCUAUACUUUUGCGACUGCGGACACAGGUGGAAUCAAAACAACUAA